AUGUUAAAUACUGAUGGCGAGGAGCGCUGUUCCGCUUUAACACCAUAUAUGAAGCCUAUAAUACUGCGUGAAUUCUCGAAUGAACAUAGAAUUGUAACAAUUAAUGGACGAACAUUUCAAUUACGUCAAGAUUGGCAACAAAAUGGAGUCGCUGGAGUGAUUUGGGAUUCGAGUAUUGUCUUAUCUCGGUAUAUCUCGGAACAUCCAGAACUAGUAGCAAAUCGAACGGUAUUAGAACUUGGUGCCGGAUUAGGCUUACCAAGUAUUAUUUCAACCUAUCAAAAUGUUAAGCUUAUUCAUGUGACAGAUCGAGUAAAUGCUAUAAGUCUACUGGAAGAGAAUGUUCGUCAAAAUGCAAACAACGAUUGUGACAUAAAAAUUUUUGCAUUUGAUUGGAAUAUUGACAAAUUGUCGCGAAAAUAUCAGAUUGUUCUAGGAGCCGAUCUUAUCUAUGGUGGUAUUACAUUUGAACCGUUGAUGAAAUUAUUUCGGGAUGCUAGUGACUAUGAUACCGUGAUAUAUUUGUGCAGUAAAAUACGUUACCAGAGGGAUCAAGACUUUUAUGAUCAACUUGUGCAAGAGCAGUUUAGUGUACGGGAAAUUUUCUAUGAAAAUGAGUUUGCUGUAAACAUGUUUGAAAUUAAAAAAUUGACAAAUUAUUGCAACAAACAAAUAUACAAAAUACUUUUACUCAUUUCAUUCUGGAGUAUGGAGAAAAAUAUUUCGUGCUGA